UUAAAAUUAAUUAUAGUCUUAAACUAUACCUUUUCUCAUAACUUAGGAUUUAGGAAGUUAUUUAGGAAAGGAUUUACUUAAUACUGUAUUUCAUAAAUUUGGAACAUGUACGAUUAUUUAGAUCUUAAAUGGUGUACUAAUAAUUGAAAGUUAUUUUUAACUUUUGUCGAAUUUAUGGGAUUUCCCUUGAAUUUCAGCAUUAAUUUGAUAGGUGCUUAUGCUUGUGUUAGAAAAGUUUGUAAUGGAAUUUGGUCUUGAUAAAUAACUAUAUUUGGAACUACAAUGAGUAACCCUGGAAGAGGCACAGCGAAGCGUAAAGUUAAACCAGUUGAACCUCAGUCAUUGUUAGAUUUUGAUCUUGGUGAAGGGGAGAGCUCAGAUGAUUCAGAUUUUAGGAUUGAAGAUCAUCCGGAAGAGAGUGAUGACUACUCUAUAAACUCUGAUGAUGAAGAAAAGAAAGGAAAUGCAAACAGCGGCAGUUCAGAUGACCAAUCUGGCUCAGAUAUUGAGAAUGAUUUUAAGAAUUCUACCAAUAAAUUGGGUGAAGAGAUAUGUGUAACUGAUUUACUUGAAAAAGCAAAGAUGAAAGAGUUUAAGUUUCCCAGUGAAUUGGCCAACAUGCUAAUUUGUGCCGGCUGCUUGGGUUCAAGAAGUGAUGAUUUUAAUGAAAUUGUAGAAUGUGAUGGUUGUGGAGUUACUGUCCAUGAAGGUUGUUAUGGAGUGUCUGAUGUGACAAGUGAAUCAAGUACAGUUAGUUCUGCAUCAACUGAACCAUGGUUCUGUGAGGCUUGUAAAGCAGGUGUUACUGAUCCUAACUGUGAACUAUGCCCCAAUAAAGGUGGUAUAUUCAAAGAAACUGAAGUGGGUGCUUGGGUUCAUCUCGUUUGUGCACUUUAUGUACCUGGAGUGGCUUUCUCUGAGGUGGAGCGGCUGUCGGGGGUGACGCUGUUCGAGAUGGCGUACUCGCGGUGGGGCGCGCGCUCGUGCGCGCUGUGCGAGGACGGCACGCUGGCGCGCACCGGCGUCGCCGUCGGCUGCGAUGCUGGCAUGUGCAAGACCUUCUUCCACGUCACAUGCGGGCAGCGCGAGGGGCUGCUGGCGGAGGCGCACUCGGAGGAGGUGGAACAGGCGGACCCCUUCUACGCGCACUGCCGCCUGCACUCCGACAAGACGCUCGUCAAGAAGCGCAAGCGCAACUGGCUCGCCCUGCAACUCAGAACUGACAAGAGAAAAAUGGAGUUGAAAAUGAAUCUCAGCACAGAAGAAAAGCUACGGAUACAAAGGAAACUUGUUAAAUAUAGAAGAAAGUACGCACAACAGAAGGAGAACAGAAAUCCUCCUUGGGUUCCGACGCAAAAGAUGGCGCGCAUGUUGUACAGCAGCGCCUCAGCUAUGAGGAAGUUUCAGAAAAAAGCUGAAUGUAUGGGAAUUGAUACACAUGCCUUAGAAUUUCAAGAUGCACAGAUGUGUGCGCUGCGCGACGUGUCGCGGCGCUGGCACGUGCCGCCCGCCUUCUCCGUGGAGUUCGUGGGCUACUACCUGGAGAGGAACACGCGCGUCACGUCACUGCGCCGCUCCCUCGAGAGACUCACCAAGGAGAACGAGAAGUUAUUGACAGAGGAUGAUAAACUUAGAGCUGAUUAUGAUCAGGCUGCUCAAGAAAAUACAGAUGCGUUGAACGAAUUAACUUCCACACGUCAAGCGUUACAGAAGAUUUACGACGCGAUAGUUCUUAUAUCUCCUAAGAAGAGUGUGCCUUCUGUGAUGGAGGAGCGGCCCCUGCUGCCGCCGCCGCUGCCGCGCUCCACGCCCAAAGUCACUCCACAACAGUUGCAAAAGCGGUCGAUGUGUGUGCCCACCGCCGCCGCACUUAAGAUGGGCGUUGGUUUUCCUCUUAGCGACAACCCGGACGCUCGCCAAGGAAAAGUCUUGUCCACAUCGCUCGAAGGUCAGUUCACUGUUUCUAUCUUAGUACGAAAGAAAGGUAAUAUUAAUACAUCUAUAGAAAAAGUGUUUAAUAGUGGUAAAGCCCGCCUAAUAUCUUCGCACGGGCUAAGUGUAAUACCACGACCACACAGAAGACAGUCGAAAAAGCAAUUCCGCGUUUCAUCGGAUGAGUGUCCGUACAGGAGAUCUAAUUUUAAUCCUCUUCCCAACCUUUUCGUACAAGAAAAGGAUAAUAAUGGAAGCCACCUGCACUGCCUCAAGCCGCCGCUGCAGAGACCGCCCAAGAAGAGCAAACUAUACGGAUGGCAAUGCUCCGAAUGCGAUAAAACAUCGGAUUCCGAACCAGAAGUAUUGGAAAAGAAGGUGCCCCGAAGAUCGCGUAUACGCUACAGUAAGGAUGGCACCAUCAUAACGGAACCUCUGAGUCCCGCCGCCCUGCUCAACUCCCCGCCAGCUAAAAAAGCCCAUAAAACAGAGAAAUCGAAAACUAACGGCCUCGGAAUACCGGAAAAUAUCUCUCCCAUCAAAGUCACGAUCAAACCUUUCGACUUUAGUAGCGACGGUCAUGAAAAUGUCGAGGUGAAAUUGAAGAAAGAGAAGAAGGCGAAGUCCUCGAAGCAAAGAGAGUAUGCCGCAUCUGGCGGAGAAGAACAUCCUAUGAAGAAGUUGCACAAGCGCAGUUUUACUUCUCCCACUCUUACGAACACUCCUCUCAUGUCGAUAACGCCCAUAGUCGCCGACAGUCCCAAUGAUUCUCACAACGAAAACUCUAAUGCUUCUCUCACCAACGCCUCGGCGAAGAAGGAAGACGGCUACCUACCACAGAAUCUCUCAUUUUCUUCUCUACUCGGCGAUGCAAAAGAGAGAGACUCGAAGACCAUCGAGAGUUCGAUAGAGAACACGCUCGCUAAUCUCUCUUCGGACAUCGCGACUUACAAAGCGAAUAGAAAACGACGGAAAGAGAAGCACAGGUCCAGAUACUCUCCCGACUUGUUGCGGUCUCCCUCUAAACCGCACAAACAUAAGAGAAAAAAGAAGACGCAAGAUAUGGAAAAUCCUGAAAUGCCUCAUCCACGAAUCACUAUCAAAAUCAAACCCAUUCCAAAGCCGGAUGGUUCGUUGGACACGCAGAUGUUUUACGUCCCCACUGACAGCAACGACGGCCCGCCGCCCGCUGUCAUGAAGAAAAUAUCCAAGCAAGUGAUUCAAACGGCGAUCAACCCGGAACCAGAAGCGGGCGGCGCCUCGCCCGCACAGCCACAGACUGAUACUCUCAUACCUAUUGUAAUUUAUGACUCCGAAAAAAAAAUGGGACCCUCCUGCAAGCACAACCUUUCCGAUAAAAAAAUAACAAAACCGGUUAUUCGUUGUGACAUUGUUGAAUGUAACACUAGAUGUGACGAGUGCCAGCGCCGUUACCACUUCACGUGCCUGGAGCCGCCGCUGAACAAGAACCCGAAGAAGCGCGGCUACUCGUGGCACUGCGCCGACUGCGACCCCACCGACGUGGAGGAAAACAACUGAGCGGUACACACAUGCAGAAAUAAGAUUAUUAAGUAUUAAAAAUUGUGCUAAGCACUUUUCUUCUAUUGUAUUAGAUUCCUCACACUAAGCAUUUAGUGUAGUACUUAUUGUAUUUAGUUUUAAGUCUCUAUUUCGAGUAUUUACAUUUAUGUUUAUGUAGUCAUUUGUGAACAUUUGUGGUACUUUCAAUAAAUGUGUUUAAGUACAA